GGGAAGGGAACCAAAUAAGAUAACGGCACGCCGCAAAUUCUACAAAUAAGCUUUUAAUGGCAUGCAGCAAGCAGGGCCAUGGAUGAAAGAAAGAAUUUAAUGUACAAAGAAACUCUGAAAAAGAAUCGGGUAGAUUUGGUGGAAGAAUUAAAAAGUGAGCAUCUGAUAAGUUACCUACUUCAAGAGAGAGUUGUAACACCAAGAGACCAUGCCGAUUUCAAGGCCUUACAAACAAGGAGAGAGGGUUCAGAAUGGUUGAUUGAUCAUCUAACUGCACAUGGUCCGCCACAUUUUUAUGAUGUUCUCAGAAGAGCACUGAUAAAAGAAGGACAAGAACAUGUAGCAGAUAAACUUGAUGCAACUCUGACAGAGUUGAUGGAAGAAGAUAAAACAGCUAGACCAUCUAAGGGACAUAAAAGAAGGAGGUCACAGAGCAGUGGGUCAUGUCCAUCACCAAAGUACAAGGCAUCUUACAAAAACCUUAAUCGCAGUUCUCCAACAAGCAGUGUCUCAUCAUCUAGUCCCAGGGGAAGUCCCACAUUAAAGCAGCUUCAGGGUGUAAACAGUGUUCUUUGUAAAUACCACGACAAAGGUUGUUGUCAGUCAGUUCCACCAGAAGAGUUAGAAACUCACUACGCCAACAAUUGUGCAUACAGGCCACAGCAAUGCCCUCACUGCGAAAAUGAAGUGCCACUCAUUGCUUUUGGACAGCAUGUGAGCACCUGUAAAGUGAGGAAAACUGGAUGUCCAGUGUGUUCAGAAACAGUGGCACAAGGACAGUUGGAUGAACACAUUGAGAAACAUUAUGAUACUCAAGACAGCAAGUGUCACUUUGUCUUGGUUGGAUGUACUUAUGCAGGAAAAUCAGCUGAUCUUGGGGCUCAUAGGAAAGAAGCUGUUUGCUCCCAUUUGGAUUUGCACAGUAAAUGUUGCGAGAAAAAACACAAGGAAACCAAGACAUCCCUAUUUUCAAUAAGAACUGACCUUGACUCUGUCAAAAGUACUGUUGACUCUCUACAGAAACAGAAUUCUGUCACAAAGGGAAUACUUGAUGAAAUGAGAAACACAAGUUAUUCAGUUAAUAACAACACAAGUCCAGCAGUUUCAUCUGCAUUUCAUCCAUUCCCUACCCCUGAAAGUCAGCAUGAAAUAGAAACCACCGGGACUCCAGCAGCUUCAAAGAAACCUGUGGCUGGAAAGAAAACUCAACUUUUUAAACCAGCCCUGAAGAAUGUGCUGACUCUGUCCAAUAUGACUGGCAAUGUGGUAGUUGGAAAAAACAUUACAUUUGGUGAAAAGGACAAAGUAAUGCAAGAUGAGAUAUUGAUUGAUAACACUGGCGAGGAGGAAUGUUUUCAAUGGGAUGUGUACCCAGUGACAAAUUAUCUCGGUGCAGUUCGUAAAAAUCUUGUGGAGUCAAUUAUUAGUCCAGUUUUCUAUACCAAUAACAAAUCUGGGUACAAAAUGCAGCUGCAGAUGUACUUGAAUGGGGAUGGUGAGGAAAGCAGGGGGUUUGUGUCUCUCUUCUUUGUUCUGCUGCCAGUAAUUAAUGAUGGUAAGCUUGACUGGCCUUUCAAGCAGAAUGUGACCAUUAAGAUUUUGGACCAGAGUGAGCAGAAACGCCAUAUUGUAUACGAACUGCAAUAUGACCCUGAUACCGAGAUUGAAAACCCAAUCCCCACUGAGGAUUCAUUUGUAGCUUAUGGUGUGCCCAAGUUUGUUAGAUAUGAGUUUCUUGAAAAGAAACAAUAUUUAUAUAUUUCUCAUGAUAGAAUAAGAGUAGAAGUUCAAGUAUCUGACUAGUUUAACAACAAGAUGCAUGUUUGGCAAGUCCAUUGCCAUGUUUGUGUUGUAGGAAGAUACUGUAUAUGAUCAUUCAUAUUUGUCUUAUUUUAUUCAUUUUAUUAAUUUUUUUCAUUUAUUUACUGUUGUAGCUCAUAUUAUUUUUUAUCAUUUAUUUUGAAAUUUUUAGGUACUGGAAGUUCUAGUCUUUAACUCUAUAGAUAAUAAGAAAUUUUGUUCUUUAUAGCCUGGUUUUGGGCUGAUUUCACACCUGUGAUUAAGUCUUAAUUCUGCCUUUGAUCUUGUUUUGAAUUAAGGUGAGUUAUUUGUAUGGCAACCCAUAUGGAGAAACCAGGUUUUGAUUUUGAUGUAAACUUGUCCUCAUGAAUAAACAAACUUAAACCCACUUGUGAAGUCAACCCUGAACAGUUCAGUGAAAAAUUCUUUUGUGUAUAUUUAAGAACUACAUAUUACAUGGAUGAACUAUUUUUGAAGUUUUACCAUUUAUUCCAAAGUGUUUGUUACAGAUAUACAAACUUUGUAGAUAAAUUAUUGAUGUGUAUUUAAAGUGAAUCUGUUAACUUAUGUUCACAGAGGAGACAAGGUGUCCUACAUGAUGAACAUUGUCUGAAGGUUUAACCAUCUUCAGUUGAUAAUGUGUUCUAGUUCUAGCAAAUUCUACACUUUGUAAUCAUAAGGUGCAAGUAUUAUCAGCGCUUGAUUAUUGAUGUGCAGUCUUUAGUGGCUAAUACGAGACUGGCAUUUAGAUAGAUGUUCAGAUAUUAUAGUUGCACUUCCAUGGUCAAACUUAACUGAAAAGUAGGGAAUAAAAGUAUCGAAUUGCCAAUCUUUACCUGACUAAAUUGAUAGAGAUUGAUAGAAAGAUUUCAUUAUUGGCAGUUGGGAAGUGCAGUGCUAAAGGACUUGUUCAAAAGUAUUAAGAUAAAUGAAUAUAAUUGAUAUAGGCUGACAAAUGAAGAAUUUCAUGGACAUUUUUUAAAUAAAUUGGUGGCGAACAGCUUGACGCAUAUUGCACAUGCCGUGCCUUAUUAAGACAGGGUCCAAUCUUCUAGGGACCAAUAAACAUAGAAGCAAUUUAUUUUAUGAUAUUUUCUUGGAGAUUAAUAAGUAUGGCAGUACAAACACCAUUUUUACUGUUAUAUUUGAUUUAGGCAAUACUCAUUUGAUAGCAUGGCUGUUUUAUUUUCACUUUUGGCAGAUUUCAAUUUUGAGGUAACAUAUUGAUAAAGUAUUUUAGGAAUAUUAACCUUUUGUUACUUUGACAGAUUUGACACAUUGUUGUAUGACAGUCAGUAAUCUGUAUUAUAAUUUAUGCUAUAUUGUAGUUUAAAUCAUAUUCAUAUGUAUUUCCCAUUUUAAUGUAUAUUGCUUUAGGAGCUUUCUUGACAUUGGCAAAUUGCAUGCAUGCUUAAGCUGUGUAUAUCUUCAGUAUAAGACCCAAUUUCAAUACCUAGAUUGAUCUAGCAGGAUCAACCCUUCUCCAAGGGGAUUCAAAUUGCGUCCAGAUUAAGCGACUUAGUAUGGCACGCCUACUGUAGCUGCUAAAUGAUAAUUAUCCCCCCCCCCAAAAAAAAAAAACAGCUCCAGUAAGCACUCCAGACAUCAGAACCAUUUAAGCUGAACGUAAUUUAGCAGGAAACCCCUCGGAGAUGGGUCGGUCCUGCUAGAUCAAUCUAGGUAUGGAAUGGGGUCUAAGACUUAAGUUUGUGUUACUGGAUGAAAAAUGGCACCUAAACUUCUACAGUGUAUGGUCUGUGAGUUGCCCAUAAAUUCAAAUUUAAAACCAUUUUAAAGGUGACAUUUUAAAGGUGAUUUGUAGCAUGUAAUGCUAAAAUGAUAAUCAUCAUUUUAUAUAUUUGUAAGAAAAGCUCUUUUAUUUUUAAAUGAAAAUUUUUAGGGAAAAUAUUAUACAUUUCAUACUAUUUUAGUAGUAAAUGUAUUAUUAGAUUUUUACUUUUCUUGUAGUUGCAAUAAUAAUAUUUAUAUCAUGCAACCAGUGUAAGAGCCAUUUAGAACAGAAUAUCCAAGGGUCUACAGAUCCUCGGAUCAAAUAUGGCAGACCCUACAUGAAAGUUCUAAGAGCUGGCUAAUCCCCGGGCCAUUAAACAGGUUAAAUCACGGCUCUGAAGUUUAAUUACUAGACCCCUGCAAGAACGGCAAAUGUGGAGGUGGGGAGACCAUCAGCAGAUUAGUUGGCUCUUUUUUCAUGUAGGGUCUACCUUUUUUGAUCCAUGGAUCAGUAGAUCCUCAGAUCUUCUGUUCCGAAUGGCCCCUAUGGAAUGUUACCAAAACAUUUCCACUGUUAAGACUAUUCUCUGUAUAUAAAUUUGCCUUUAGACGGUAGACCAAUGUACAGUCACCUAUAUAACUUAUUACUUACAAUAAAUCGUAUUAUAUUUGA